AUGAAGAUUUUUAUUUUAAAAAGUUCUAAAAAAUAUAUAUUUUUUAUCUUUUUAGGUGAAAUUCACCUACAAAACGAGCAAACAAGCUUACCUAUUGAUCAAGAUCUAGAGGUUGAAAAUUCGGAUUACGAUCCUGGCGUACAUGAAGAAGGGUAUCUACCCGAGGAAGCGCCUGUCCCGACUGCACCCGCCGUACCGGUCGCACCAGCCGACCCGGCCGCGCCGAUAUUUGAUCAAAUCGUCGCUCUCGCGCAGCCUGCGCUUCCUGCCAUUGAUGGCACUGAUCAGCCGCCCCUGGACCCCACGCUACUUGCAGCCCUCGGUGAAUCUACCUCCGAUACGCCCGAAUACGGAACAAGUGUUCACGAUAGUCUUGCCAAUUUAUGGUUACCUAUUCUAAAGAAAGGUUUGGCUAAAGAAAAUAAGGAGACACUCCUUAAGGAAUAUUUAAUUCCUAAUAAUUGUAAAUUAUUACAAGCGCCAAAGCUUAACGCCGAGAUCUCGGCCGCUGUAACGGAGGUAGUACGUGGACGUGACAAAAAAUAUGUCGCCGUCCAACAACAACUCGGUCGAGGCAUAGCAGCUGUAAGUCGGGCCAUGGAUGUGCUUUUAAAGAGCGAAAACAAAGUCGAAGCCCUCAAAUAUUUGAGUGACGGAUGCCGCAUACUCUCCGAUGCGCAUAAUUUCAUUACAAGAGACCGAAUUAAAUUAAUUACACCCAGCUUGGAGAAAAAUUUUCUUCACGUGAUUCAAGACACCGAACGGGAUGAAUCCCUAUUCGGAAAUACCUUAUCUGAAAAGAUUAAGGCCAGUAAGGCUAUAGAGCGUCAAGGUCAACAAAUCAAAAAGACUGUCAGUGCACCAAAGCCUGGCACUUCUAAUUCGACGAACACUCGGGCCUUCAUACCACAGGGAAACUGGUCCGGUCCUCCCCGUUAUUCGUCGAACAGGGGAGGGCGAGGAGGGUAUCGCAGGACGAAUCCGUCGCCGGCGACGCGUCGCCCGUACGUCAACACAGCUGCCUCGACGCGGCAGCCAGCGCCGACCAAGUCGCGAGCGCUAGCUCACCAGUAACCCAGGUACAUGCUGGUCGAUUAGCACAUUUUUACAAUUGUUGGUCUAAGAUCACAAAUAACCCUUCUGUUUUAUCUUGGAUAAAACACGGAUUGGAAAUACCGUUAAGUAAGGCUGUACAUCAGCCUUUGGUACCUAAAAAUGUUUUGACGCCAGAAGAUACAAAAGAAAUGAGUAUAGCAAUUAAUAAAUUAAUUAGCUUAGGAGCCAUAAAAAAAUGCGAUCCUAGAAAUGAUCAAUAUAUUUCUAAUACAUUUUUAGUACCAAAGCCUAAUGGAAGUAGCCGUUUUAUAUUGAAUUUGAAAUCAUUUAAUAAAUUUGUUACAAAGUCCCAUUUUAAAAUGGAGGACUAUCGAACUGCCUCUAAGCUUAUACCACACAACGGAUUUUUAGCCACAAUUGAUUUAAAAGAGGCAUACUUACUUAUACCUGUACGUGAAGCAGAUCGAAAGUACCUCCGUUUUCAAUUUGUACCUCAUGGCUCAAAUGAAACUGAAAUGUACGAAUUUACAGCCAUGCCUUAUGGGUUGUCCGUAGCACCUAAAGUGUUUACAAAAAUUAUGAAAGAGGUCGUAACACACCUAAGAAAACAGGGAUUUAAGUCUGUUGUUUACUUAGAUGACAUUUGCUGUAUUGGUGAUAGUUAUGACGAGUGUCUAAAUAACGUAAACGCUACGGUUAACUUAUUUGAAACUUUGGGUUUCAUUAUUAAUAAUGACAAAAGUGUAUUACAACCCUCACAAAUUUGUAAAUUUCUCGGAUUCAUAUUUGACUCACGAAAUCUGACAAUAGGUUUACCCCAAGAAAAACGGGAAAAGAUUUACCGUUUAGUAUCUAAAUUCAUGAAGUUACCUCGAUGUACCAUUCGAGAGUAUGCUCAGUUGAUUGGUGUUCUCAUCUCCGCUUGCCCUGCCACCAAUUAUGGUUGGUUGUAUACAAAAUUGUUAGAAAGGCAUAAAUUUCUAAGUCUUAAAAAACAUCAAGAUAAUUACGAGGCCAAAAUAAAUCUUCCAGAAACUAUCCUGGAUGAUUUAUGUUGGUGGAAAGAUAAUAUAUAUACAACUUCGUCACAUAUGAGAACGUCAAGUUUUAAGUUAGAAAUUUACACGGAUGCGUCAAGAACCGGAUGGGGUUCUGUAUGCGGUGAUAUUACUAUCGGAGGCCAUUGGAAGGCUGCUGAGAGCGAACACCACAUCAACUACCUAGAGCUCUUAGCAGUGUUUUUAGGCCUUAAGAGCUUUGCACUAAAUGAAACGAAUUGCUUCAUUUUAUUAAGAAUAGACAAUACUACUGCAAUCAGUUACAUAAAUCGAAUGGGUGGAAUCCAAUUUCCGUAUUUGAACGAUCUAAGUAGGCAAAUUUGGCAAUGGUGCGAGAUGCGGGACAUAAUAUUGUACGCAUCGUAUGUUAAUACAAAGGAUAAUCGAGCCGACGAGGCGUCACGGAAGUCCAACCCCGAUACAGAAUGGGAGUUGUCAAAUCAGGCUUUCCAAACGAUUGUCAGACGUUUCGGCCAACCUGAAAUAGAUAUCUUCGCAUCUCGAUCCAAUACCAAAUGUGACAAAUUCGUGUCCUGGUUCCAAGAACCUGAUGCUUUUGCUGUCGAUGCGUUCACGCUCAACUGGAGUCAACAUUUUUUCUAUGCAUUCCCACCUUUCUGCUUAUUACUGAAAUGCAUCCGAAAAAUUAUUGACGACAAUGCAACAGACGACCCCACCGCUUGCACACCAGCCUUACCCUGGCUGCCGCGACGCUAUCAGCACGGCCUUCUCCCGCCGCGGCGUUCCGCCAGAAGCGAUCCCAUUAGCUUUAGCCUCGCUUUCGGAGAACACAGUAAAACAAUACAAUGUAUCCCUAAAGCUCUGGUGGGAGUUUUGUAAUAAAAAUGGUUUAGAACCACUAAAUCUGUCAAUAACAUCAAUACUUAAGUUCUUGACAGAUGAAUUCAAUAAAGGCUGUUCUUACGGAACAUUAAAUAGUCAUCGCUCUGCGUUGGCUCUCUUACUACCCAAUCUGGGUUCUGAUGACCGCAUCAAGAGAUUACUCAAGGGUGUUUUUAGACUAAAACCUAGUUUACCAAGGUAUAAUAACACGUGGGAUCCACAAGUUAUUCUUGAUCUAAUAUCGACAUGGUAUCCUAAUAUCGAACUUACCCUUGAGCAACUCACUAAAAAACUCGUCAUCUUACUUGCAAUUUGUACGGCCCAUCGAGUACAAACGUUCUCAUUGAUUAAAAUUGAAAAUAUACACAUCACAGAGAACUUUAUCAAAAUUACAAUACCCGAUUUGAUAAAAACCUCUGCUCCCGGCCGAGAACAGCCCCUAUUGAAUAUACCUUACUUUAGAGAGAACUUAAGCAUUUGCCCUGCCCUGACUCUCAAAGACUAUAUUUUGGUAACACAAAAUAAGAGAGCCAGGAAUCAUGGUGCGCUAUUACUAACACACAAGGCCCCUCACAGAGCUGCUACGAGUCAAACUGUAGGUCGAUGGAUACGGCAGGUACUAGCAGCGGCGGGCGUGGACGUGUCCACGUUUGGUGCGCACAGCACGCGACACGCGUCCACGUCGGCUGCGAGGGCCGCCGGUGUAUCUAUAGAGGUCAUCCGCAAAGCUGCGGGAUGGACAGCCAAGUCUCAAACAUUUUCAAAAUAUUAUGAUAGGCCGUUAAAGGACGGCAACAAUGAUGAGUUUGCCAAAGCUGCGUGCUUUGGUCGUAAUAUGUCUGAUUAACUUACUAAUUAUUGAGCACAUUCAUUGAUAAUUUUGUUAAUUAGAAACAUAAGGAUAUGUUAAUUAUUGUUAUUUUUUCAAUAAACCAAAGUGAUUGACUACUAAGUUGCUUAUAAUUAAUAACAUACCAACAACGCAAAACUUGCGUCUCUAAAAC